AUUAUAUUUUAUUAUUUUUUAUAAAAUUUAAAAAAAAAUUUAUUAUAUUUUUGUGAGUGAAAGAGUAAAAUUAAAAAAAAAAAAUUAAUACGAGAAAACAACUCGAAAACAACUUGACGCUGUAGUAAACUCAGAAUGCUCGGAAGAUGCUUCUACAGAUUCUCGUCAUCACUGGAUGUUUCAAAGUGUUCAGCGUAUUGGGACAUGAUGUUUCUGUCGUUAGGCACAUUGACGGCGAUAUAUUCACCGUUGAAGGUUAUUGCAUAAAUGCAUGCUCGGAUGUUAGCAGUGGAACAGCAUCACCUUACAAUAAUCAUCUCUCCAUGACACUCAAUACAAAUACUACUUGUAUAUGUCAAUGCAAUUCUGGUCUACCACUUUUUCGAGAAGAUCUCAACCUUUGCGUGAGUGAUAUACAAGAGUGCCGUAUUGCUGGAUUCUUAAGUAGCACUGGUGUCAUUGAAAAAGUACCCUAUGUAUUUUUACCUCAACGUGGACAGAUUGUUUAUCCACAAGCAGAAAUACAAUUUGAGGGUAUAAAAACACCACUUUGUGGUAUUGCUGGAUCUCAACAACUUGGUAAAUAUGGAUGGACAGAGUUUAAAAAUAUAUCAAGUGUUGAACCACCCUUUAAACUAUUUCGAGAUGAAGGAAGAACAUUUUUACAGUGGAAUGGUGAGCCUGGUCUUAGAGACGCAGCUGAAGGUAAAAUUGUUGUUGCACGACUUGUUUGUCGGGAUGCAUCACCAAAGUCCACGAACCCAGGUGUAUUUAGUCCCUGUGUGACCUUCAGAGUUGCUGGAUCCCCAUCAAAGACAAAUAUUCGAGAAGUAACAUUUGCAUCAGCAGUUCAACCUCAAUAUGGAUUAUCUACAAUUGAAUAUACAGCUAUUGGAAUAGCUGCAAUUUUAUUGGCCUUAAUUUACAUUGCCAGUGUGUCGUUAUAUUUACACAGUCGAAAGUCUCGUCAAAAAGACAUGGAAGAUCCACCGGAAAUUGUAAUAACAGGUGGCCGAAAUGGUGCUGGAUUGAUUAAAAAAAAUCCAUUACUAACAGCAACACGACACUUUGAAAGUGACACAAAUAGUGGUCUCAGUGAAAGCGAUCAAGGUGAUGAAUUUAAUCUAAGUGACAAUGAACAAGGAUUUGAAAAGGUGACGUCGGCAAUUGUACAUCCUCAACAAAUGUAUAUGGAACAAACAGAAGGACCCUUUGGCACUUCAAUAAUUGCUGAACGUUUGCCUGAAGAAGACGUGAGAAUUGUCGAAACAAUUGAAAAUACACAUCAACAAGAUAUGCCAGUACUUCCUGGUACACAACGUCGCAAAUUAUAUUUUAAUCCUGCCUAUUUUGAGCGACAACUACUUAUUGCACCACCGCCAGCAGCUAUUGAAUUCCUUCUUAAAAUUCGCGAAGUCAUCUCAAUUGCUAAACACAAAAUGUCAGCCAAACGAUUUAUUCCAACACUGUCAGGUAUACCCGAAGAAGAAUCAUCAUCAGAACGUUGUGCUUCAACAAAUAAACGAGCUGCUUCUGUUCAAGGCUCUGUUGCUAGAUCAAAAAAAUCACAAAAAUGUACUGGUUGUCCUGGUUGUAUGGAAGCUCGUCCAAAUUUACCAGUAAUUGUUCCUGACAUUUCACGUUCAAUUACUGGUGAUAGCAGAAUUCGAGCUUGGCUGGAGGAUGUCAAACCACCAGAAAGACGUUAUAAUAAUAUUGAAGAUAAUCAUAAAAAUUUUCAAGAAAAUAUACGUACAUUUGCAAGAAGCCUGGAAAAUUUACGAGACAAUAGAAAUAAUUACAUGAAUAUUGAACAGGUAAAUUCAACUGGAAAAACUUUGGCAUCAUGGAAAGAAAACCCACCAAUGCUCAGGACAUUUCAAAAUAUUGCUAGAAGUGAAAUUCUUGGAGAUAAUGAUAAUAAUAGUGUCUCGAGACGAUCAACAAAAUCUAUGUUUGAAGAUACAAAUUAUGAUCGUUUUUGUAGAACAAGAAGACGUACAUUAGAGCUAUCAACAAUUGGUCCAGACAAUGAAAUUAAUGCCAAGGUUAGAAAAGCUAUUGAAAAUUCAUUUAUUAAACAGAUGGAAGAAACGGCUGCUUUAGAAAAUCAAAUAAAUGAAGAUCAUCGUAAUCAAACUGAGCAAAGAUUUUCACCAGAUGGUAGUUCAGAAAAAACAAAUCCAGAGUCAAUAAGUAGCAAUAAAAAAAUAUCAACUAGUACUCAAAAAAGAAAAAAAUCAAAAGCACCAGAUAUUCCUGGUAAAGAAUUAAAUGACAUAAUCAAUGAAAUUCAAACAUCAAAAACACCUGCCAAAAAAAUCAUGGAUGCUGUUAUCAAAGAAAUGAAAGAUGUUAAAGCACUUGAUCAUCAUGAUAGACUGAUCAAUCCAAGCUACAAAAAUGAUAGCUUAGAUAAUAAUAAAAAUCAAAAAAGAAAAAUUAAAAAAAAUAUAGUACCAAUGCAAGUUAAUGAUAAAUCUGAUAAUACAAAAAUUGAAUCAAAAAAUAAUAUUGAUAUUAAUAAUAAUAAUAAUAAUGAAGAUGAUAAUGAUGAUGAUGAAAUAGCAAAAGAAAAUUAUUAUAAGAGUUUUCCAGAAUUUAUUUCUCAACGACCUGAUGGUUAUUCACUUGUAAGUGAAGUUUAUGUUAAUGAUGGUUAUGCAAGUCCAGCAAAUAGUGAUGAUUCAGGACCAGAAAUACGAUAUGAAGCUGAAAAUCCAGGUCAUUUGACAAUAAAAGUACAUGAUUCACCAAAUAAUUAUGUAAAACAAGACGAGUCAGAAUAUGAGCCAGACACAUUAGAUAGAAAACCAAUGAGACUCAAAAUAAAUGGUGAUGUAAUUUAUGAAAAAGAUAUGACAAAUGAAAAUUACAUUGAUUCAUUAGAAAGACCACCAGCACCAACACAAAUAUUAUUAAAAAGUAAAGGAAGUUUUCGUAUAGAUGAUGAGAAAAAAAAUAAUACUAGCUCAUUAACAAGUGGCUAUGAAACUUUACGUGAUAUUUAUGCAGCAAAAUUAAAAUCAAAUACAAUUGAUUCAAAACUUAUGAAAAGCAUGAGUUCAUUGAAUGAUGAUAAUGAAAAUGUUAAUAAAAAAAUUGAUUUAGAUAAUACAAUUGAAAAAACAAAAUAUUUAACACCAGAUCAAAGACAAGCAAGACGUCAAAGAAAACAAAAUCAACCAGAUGUUGUACCACUACCACCACCAAUAGAUAAUAAUUAUUUACAAAAAAAACCAACAAGACAAAUUGAUAAUUUUUUCAUAUCAAAAAACGUCAAGGACAGAAGUACAGCUGAAGCAGGCAGCCCUACGGUCAGCGACAGCCCUUCUGUCCAAAUACCUCGUCUCGUAGGGACAAAAAAAAAUCAUAAAUUUAACAAACAAUCAUGGAAAAAAACAAUUGAUACAGAUACCAUUAAAAAUACAAAACAAAUUAAUCAAAAAAAUGGAAAAAUUGAAGACAGUGGAUAUCUAAGUAGUACAGAUAGUAGUGAAUCUCAUAAACAAUUAUUAAAAUAUGAAUUUAGUAGUGUAUCAGAGACUGAUGAAACUGAAUCAAUAUGUGAUGGUGCCAGUGAAAGUGGAGCUGAGAGUAUUGGUACUGAUAGUGUAUUUUUUGGUAAUUUUAGAAAACUUUCAAAUAUUUCAAAUUUUUCAAAGAGCAUUGAUUCUGGUGUUGAUAUUGGUACAUUAAAUUCUGGAUCAAGAUCAUUUAAUUUAGAACGACAAACAAGUUUUAAUACAAGUGACAGUGAAAAUGAAAGUUUUGUUACUGUACUACCUUAUGGAGGCAGUCGUAGAAACAGUUUAGUACUUUAAAAAAAAAUAUAAAUUUUGUGCCAAUAAUCGUUUGUAAUCGAUCGAGGCAACUCAUGAUAGUUUUAAAUUAAUUUUAGCAAUAAUUUAUUGGCUUUUUAAAGUCAUCAAUCAAGUUCAUUAAUCGGGUCUUAAUAUAUUUUAGUUUAGCGUAUAAGCUCGUUAUAAUUUUAACAUACUUUAUUUAUGUGUAAAUUUAAUUUAUAUAUUUUUUUUAAUGUCAAUCAUGACAGACAAUGGCCAAUGGUGCAAUACUAGAUUAAUAAAUUGUUAAAUUAUUUUAAUAGUUUUUAUUUUUAAACGCGACAUGACAAGUUCUAGUCUAAAUAUUAUUGACAAUUAUUUUAGCUUCAAUAGAAUUUUAUAAUCUCGCAAUUUUAAAUUGUCAUUUAUAUAUUUAUCAUCCAGAGUAAUUCAUAAAAAAUAUAUUUAUUUUAUACCGUUGAUUAUGUAGAAAAUUUAAAUCACAGCGAUAUCUUGCCAAAAAGGUAUUAUUUUAAAACCAUAUAUACAAA